AGGAAGGCGGAAGUUUUUCUUGGAAAUCGUUUGUCGCGCGGCAACGCGCAAAGGCGUGUCGGUUCCACGCAGAAAAGGCAAGAACUGACCGCAAAGAAACACACCAGAGCGCAAAGAUGGCGGACCUUCAAGAUGUGCACGCCAUGCUGCGCUACCAAAACUUGAUCGAGAAAGAAAAAAAGAAGAAUUCUCUCCACCCGGCCACGCGAUUAACAAGAAGAAGGUUCGUCGAAGAAGGUGGAGAGCCGAAACCCGCUCCAGUCGGAAGUACUAGCAAAACGACACUGAUUCUACCCUUGUUUUAGAAACACUGAUGAGUGCUCACAGACACAACUGCCUUGCGUCACACAAAUUAGAAACGAAAAAAAAAAAACAGGUGUCAUAUCGGUUGGAUGUAAUUCGGAUCCGAAGAAGGUGAAAUUUCAACAGAAGAUCGAUGAAGCUUUGGGCAAAGUACGGGAACCACGAAGAUUUUUCCACGUCGCCAAACUUGUCAAGGAUCCAAAAACGGGAAGAGUCGUACCCCAGAGAGAACUCGGUACAACACUGGAACUAUUUGUGUUGUCAGUGGUCUUGCUUGCUGUUGCUGCGUUUUCUUCCAUUUUUUUUUGUCUUCUUGUUGCUUGUCCUCCUCGUGGUUGCAAGCACCUCUCCGUGUUGAUUUGAUUCUUUCGCCCAGGUAAAAUGUCAACCUACAACCACUAUCUCGAGCAGAAGGAGGGCCUCGUGAAGAACCCGCAUGGGACAGGCGGCGGAAUGCGAUCCGGGGUCAACUCAAUACCGAAAGAACUCGAAGAGCUACUAUAUACAGGCACAGCAGACGAAUACGAGGGUAUAGUAUUUCAAUUUGCACGAAUCUUUGAUAGCUGUCAUGGCGCAGUAGAAUCUUCUAAAAGGGAAGGCAAAAAUCGCAAUUCCAUUGUUCUCGCAUGUCUAGUGCUAUAAUUAAUAUAAAAGAGUCACUUCCACCUGCAAUUUUAAAUCGAGCACACAUCAUUAUUUACGACAGGUCGGUAUGCUUAUCUGAAAGCGAAGCGAUUUCUAUCAAAAGGAAAAAUCCCCCCUCCCCAUAGCAAAACGGAAAUUUGUGAUGCUGAUUUGCGGCCACAAAUCAGCUCUGUAUUGCAAAGAGGCACUGCGGCCAGAUCCCCAGGCUAGGUAGGGGCGUAUGGGUCUAGCAGUUCAGCAAGGGAAACGGACCCCCUUGAGGCCCAACAGCAUGACAAAUCGCUUCCAAAAUGGGGCGGAAGCUUCUGCCCUUGUCUUCUUGCAAGACAGAUGUGAUUUGUGCCCUCAAAUCCGCAACACAAAUUUUUGGAAACAUACCUUUUCAAUAUGGGGAGGGGGGAUUUUUCCUCUCAAUAAUUUCUGAUGAAGCCCAGCGAUCGAACAAGGGAGCCAGACACGUCAGCCAAGGCAUCUUCCUGGGAUCUUGAGAAUUAUCAAAAAACCCGAGACUGGGCGCCGAAGCAAAUCACGGGCACAAGAGGUAAUUUGAUUGCUAGGUGAUCAUCCCUCUGUAGUUGGAUUCCGUGCGACUGGAGGAGAAGGACGAUUCAGAAAUAAAAGUAAGGUCCUGCUAUAAUUUUUCAAAAAAAAUGACUCAGGUAUCAUGCUUCGUGCGUUCGCCGAAGAUGCGCCGACGUUGGCGAAAAGUACAGACAUCAUCAACAACAUUAUCACGAUGCAAACGAUCCUCGGACCAGAGCGUGGGCGGGACCAUGCCACUCUUUUGCGAAAUUCCAGUUUUGCUGCGACGACGUGAAGAGGAUGCUGCUCGUACUGGUCUCAUGUUUUACACCAGCAGGAGCGGCAGCCGUGCUGCCGGUGCUGGUGUUUUGGUCUUUUCCCUUGUAAUUGUAAAAAAUGUUCAACCUGUUCCUGUGUUUCUGUUUUAUGUAGUCUAAACAAUGCAACGCUGUUUGUUAAGAUUAAGAAUGAACCUGGUGUAUCACCUCGAAUGUCUUUCUAGAACACGAAUGAGCGAUGAAUUUGCGGAAACAAGAGUGGAAGCAAUACGAAUGCCUCCAAACGCGUAGCCUUUUUACCACAAUCGAGAACUACAGGCAAAGCAAUAUGGGGUGAUGAAGCUUUGCAAAGUAAUCGUAAUGUAUGAACGAUGGGCCGCGAAGCUGGAUGAACUAAACUGGAGUACACUAAACUGUAUACUAUUCUGGUGAUGAAAGGAUGGGCUGAGAUGAUCUUCACUUCGUGUAGUUCGAGAAAUUAUACUACGGCUCGAACUUUUUCGGGUAGCACUAACCACUGUGUGUCUCGCGCCGUGCCGCGCGUUCCCGGUCUGUCUAUGGAUGUAUUUGUAUGCCACUCGGAUCUCCAUUUUCGUUUGUCGAAGAAACCAACAGGGCUCUAACAAG